GUGCUAAAUUUGGUCAGUGAGUCAACGCCCAGAGAAAUGUCAAGCGUGCCCACGCGGCGACACGUGGCGCCCAUCCACGGCACUUCUCCACCGAUCAAAUCUUCCGCCACUCUCCUGCACCUCAAAAACCUCCGCCACUCAAUCAAAAUCGCAUUUUCCGGCGAUAUGGCGGCGACGUCUUCUAGUAGGGGCGAAUCCUCCGAUACCGCAGCAUCUGUAAGCCACGGCGGCGAGUCCGUUCGUCGCAACCGAAUUCUCUCGAGCAAGCUCUACUUCGAUGUGCCUGCUUCUAAGAUUCCGCUAAUUUAUUCGUCUUCGUACGAUAUCGCCUUUCUCGGCAUGGAAAAAUUGCACCCUUUUGAUUCAUCGAAAUGGGGUCGGAUAUGUCGCUUUCUGAUAGCGGAGGGCCUUCUGGACAAAAAGCAUAUAGUUGAGCCUCUGGAGGCUAAGCGGGAAGAUCUUCUAGUGGUGCAUCCUGAAUCAUACUUGGAUAGUUUAAAAAGCAGUUUAAAUGUGGCAACAAUAGUUGAGGUUCCGCCGGUUGCAUUAUUGCCAAACUGUCUUGUGGACAAGUACGUUCUUCACCCAUUCCGCAAACAGGUUGGGGGAACCAUUUUGGCUGCUAAGCUUGCAAAAGAACGUGGAUGGGCUAUCAAUGUAGGUGGCGGAUUCCAUCAUUGUUCAGCCCAAAAAGGAGGCGGAUUUUGUGCUUAUGCUGAUAUCUCUCUUUGCAUCCAGUUUGCUUUUACGCGUUUAGAUAUCUCCAGGGUGAUGAUAAUUGAUCUUGAUGCGCACCAAGGAAAUGGCCACGAAAAAGAUUUUUCUGAUGAUAGAAGAGUCUAUAUCCUUGAUAUGUACAAUCCAGCUAUAUAUCCAUUGGAUUUUGAAGCCAGGAGAUAUAUCACUCAGAAAGUUGAAGUAGCGUGUGGAACAAAUACUGACGAAUAUUUGUCAAAACUCGAUGGGGCACUCAAGGUUGCUGGCGGCGCAUUCGACCCUGAAUUGAUUAUCUACAAUGCUGGAACUGAUAUUCUGGAUGGAGAUCCUUUGGGCAAGUUGAAGAUCAGCCCCGAAGGAAUUGCCACAAGAGAUGAAAAGGUUUUCACGUUUGCUCGUGAGAGGGGCAUUCCUCUACUAAUGCUCACAUCAGGUGGUUACAUGAAAUCUAGCGCUAGAGUGAUUGCAGAUUCGAUCAUAAAUUUGUCGAAGAAAUCAUUGAUAACCAUCGGGAACGAUCAAAACGUCACGAUCACAUGAUAAUAUCGUUCCCGAGCUCCGUGGAGAACUUCAACCACUUGCUCAUGAAUCAUCAUCGUAUGUUGCCACAGAGUACAUAUAGCUUAUAGCUUUGUGCUUGUAUAGUCUUGUUUUGUGCCUACAGAUCAAUGCGGCUGAUCGUUGAAGGUGGAGUGAGUACAUACAUUUGCUCGCGUAUUCAGAAAUUCGACUCCUCGAGAGCAUACUGAGCUAAAACCAACGGGCUUGAGAUGAAACAAAAUGCGUUACUAGACACCGUGUCGUGCAGGUAAAACGUUAUAAUGUACCGUGCUUCUCAUCAUGUCGAGGGUUCGCGUGUACUAUGAUGGACUUCCAAAUAUGGUGUAUGGUUAAAUCAUGUAAUUGGUAAUGAAUAAUGAUAGCAACAUGCAAGAGUGAAAGUGCUAUAAGUAGGAGGUUGGGUUGUCACCUUAAACCUAUGCUAGCACACUUUUUCUUUUUUUAGUUUAUGUAUUUAUUAUUUUAUUUAAGUAGGUAGGAGAAAGGGGGACGGCGGGAAUCGCUCGUAGUCUCGCUCUUUAUAUAAAGAAAUCUUACCGUUUGGAUGUCCUCUUCGUGAUUUGAAGGUUUCGGAUAUCUGUAUUUCUUA